UUGCCAAAAUCCCGAACAGAGCAGCGUGGCUCUUACUGCUGCAUUUAUUUUCGGGUUCAUGUUUCGUGCUUACCACUAGCGCUGCGGAACUGAAAACCCGAUCACAGGAGUUUUUGGUGAACAAAACCAGUUUGGAGCCGUUUCCUGUGUGGAAACAGCCGAAGUCGGGAAUGCCGGGCAGCAGAGUGCCCUCUGGUGGGCACACGUGGAAAGUGCAGUGGUUCUCUCUGCGUUCCCAGGAAUGCGCGAAAGAUCUGAAGUGCUCAGCCCUGCUACAGCCUUCUUUUGACAAGGCACUAAUGAAGGAGGAAUGAAGAGUGCUUCUUUAAAGGAUUUGUGUCCUGAGGACAAGAGACGCAUUGCAAACUUAAUUAAAGAACUUGCCAGGGUAAGUGAAGAAAAAGAGGUGACGGAAGAACGGCUGAAAGCUGAACAGGAAUCGUUUGAGAAGAAGAUCAGACAGCUAGAGGAGCAGAAUGAACUUAUCAUCAAGGAAAGGGAAGCUCUGCAGCAGGAGUACAGAGAAUGCCAAGAACUUUUGAGUCUUUAUCAGAAGUACCUAGCUGAGCAGCAAGAAAAACUAUCACGCUCCCUUUCUGAACUCAGUGCUGCCAAGGAAAAGGAGCAGAAGGUAUCCAGUAAGAAGAGCUUGUGCCAGCAGCACUCUUUGGGGCUGGACAGCUCCUACUUGGGUGUUGGAGGACCUUGGACUCUGCAUAAGAACAGUAGUGCACCGAAGGCUGGAAGCCCAGCCCGUGUUGCAUUGUGUCAGCCUUGCAGGAAUAACCAUGAUUACAGGACUGAAAUGCAUUACAACCAUCAGGAGUGUCUGAAGGAGUAUCCAAUGGAAAACGACUUGCACAGAAAGUGCAACAACGUGAUUUCCCCAGCCAAGCAGAAGAGCCCUCACCAUGUAAAGCAAGCUCAGGAGAUGGACCAGAGAACAAGUGAAUUUCAGAGCACAUGCCCUCAGCAAGUGAGUCAUGGCUGUGCCUGGAGGCAUGUGGGGAGCUCAGGUAGCAUGGAAGAGAGCUGCUAUGUCAGCCAGGUACUUAGAAAACACUGUGGGACAGUUCAGAAGACCUGUGAUCAUUCCAGGCACUGUCGAGGUUCUAGGCUGAAUCACAGCACAGACUCAGGCCCUAAGGAAACAGAGCUGCCUAAAAAGUUAUAUGAAGAAAGAAGGCAGAAGCUGCUUCUUCAAAAAACAGAGCUGGAAAUUGAAAAGGAACGACUCCAACAUUUAUUGACUAAGCAAGAAGCAAAACUGCUCCUAAAACAACAGCAACUACACCAAUCCUGUAUGGAUUAUAACAGGAUUAGAGGCCAUGUACCUGGCUUAGAAGAUGUGCCCAUUGCUGAAGCACCCAGAGAUCUUGCUCUGAUGAUGAAUGGCAGCAGCAUGGGGCUAAGUGUCCCGGUGUUGAAACAUGAAGAUUAUUUACUGAGGACAUCUCCAGGGAGCAAAAACUCCAGAAAACGAGGGAGCAGUCAUGGGAACAGUUUAGGGACGCAAAUGCUUGGCUUUGGUGUAAACAUGGAUGAUGGACAAAACCCUCAAAUGCAGACCAAGAGGGAAGGCACCAAGUCCAGGAAAGGGACAACUUCAGGAUUUAGGAAGGAUGCAGCCAUAUCUCCUGGGUUGAUGGGCAGCAGCGAAGUGCCUGCAACCACAGCCGUAUCACCGAUUCAGCAUGACCCCUCACGGUACCAAGCCUUUCUUCUUGACCUGGUGGAAGCUAUGAACCCAGUAUCAGCUCCAGGACAGCUCUGCCGAGAAUCGCGUGACAGGAACAAACCUCACGCGCCCUGCUGUGUGAACCACAGGCUGUCCUCCUCUUGGUGCCAGAGCCCCUGCAGCCCCAGGAGCAGAGCAGAUGAGCUGGAGGAGAGCCGGCUCCUUGAGGAGAUCUUCUUCAUUUGACACUACUCCUUGGUCUACAGCUACUCUGAAAUUAUUUGAGUGAUCACUGCUUGUUUUCCCUCUUCUAAAACACAGCUAAUUAGCAUCCAGGUUUUCGAUUUAGUGAUCAUGAUGCAAGUAUGUUGUUGGGGUACGCCAAUCAGAAAGUGUUAACUUUUUUCCCAGACCUUUCAUGUGCCAAGUAACCAAAUUACAAUAGCAUUUUUUAAAAUCUACAACAUUUUCUAAUACAUUGAAGUCACAAUUUUGCCAGCCUUAUAUCGGAAGUAUAUUUCAUUAUUGAUUUUUUUGGCUCUAAAGCAGUUUGCAAGGACUGCGUAACAUUCAACAACCAGCAUGUUCAAAGUAGAUUAUUUUCUAAUUAAACAAGUCUGUUUAAAACCUGGCAUAUUAUAAAGGUACAAGCACUUUAGUACUUUUUCACUGAUUUUAUGAUCUACUUUUUCCUUCAACAUUCUGAUAUUUAACACACUGAGUUUUUAGGGGAUAUAUUGUAAGCUCGACUCUACAGUGUCUGAUAAUGUUAAUAGAUGAUGUUGAAGGUUGAUGUACUAGGCACAGGUUUGAAUUAUAUUCCUCUUUAAAUCAGUGCUAUUUGACAGAGUUUAUGUGCUAGGUAAUGUAACCCUGAAAUAGCAGAACAGAGUCAGACAUCGUAGAGAUCCAAAACCUAUUUGAUGUACUUUUCAAGAUGAAAUACAUAGUAGUGCUGUGUAUAAGAGCAGUCUUAAGACAUUUUCACUAACUUGCACUAUUUUGAUCCUGCAUCCAGGCUCCAUUGUAAAUAAGACAAAUCAGUAAUUAUUUCUACUAGCAGCUCACAAUGCACACUUUCCUGCCAGCUUUAAUUAUUCAUGCUGUAUCUAUUUCAGUUUAUUUAAAUGCAUUUCCAUCUACUGCAUGUACUUGGUUAUUUAAAGAAAUGUGCCGAAUUGGUAAAAAUGACUGCACAUUACAGGAUUAAUGGUCAUUUUCUCCACAAUGCAGUGUUCAUAUUUUAUUGUAACAGUAGCCACCGGCAUGUGUUCCUAGAAAUAUGAGACUAAAAUACUCAUUUUGCACAGUAAAAUUGCAGCAAGGGAAAGGUAGGCUUGAUCCAGUAUGGGCAAGUUCUAGGCCAUUUGCUCCCAAACACCACUUCAUGGGCCAGUACUCCUUUUCAGACAGUCUCUUUAGGCAACCCUGCUUAUCUUAAUGGCUGGGUUGAGUUGCUGUACUGAUGCUUGGGGUAUGGCUGCUGUCUGCCUCCUGUGCAAUGUGUGAUGCUCUGCAAAGUGGAUCUCAGACGAGAGCACUGCAGCCCCUGGCAGCACCAUGCUCCGUCAAUGAAACAAAAGGAGAGUGAAGGGGAAGAAGAACCUCAGGUUACACUGGGCUGCUUCAUUCAGGCCCGGUCUUAAUCAGAAAUUAGGUGAUAUCCUUUCUGUGCAUCCCAGCUGAAUUUUAAAAGCUGCUUAGAGGAGUUAAAAGAAGGAAAGCAGCAUUGCUGGACCAGAAAAUUACUGCUGUGGAAAGUCCCUGCAUGGUCUGUCCUGCUUUUAGUGAGGUAUUACAGUUUUCUGAAAUAUGUCCAUCUGCUGUUGAAUGUCCCUCUUGUUCUACUCCCUGAACCUGUGAAGGCCUAGGUUUCUGCUGAGUCCCAAAGAUGUAUUCAGUGCCCUGGCCCAAGUAGAGCAGAUGAGAACAUAAGUUUUCUUACUCUGUUGGCUGAGUAAUCUGCUGCUUAAAGAGGGCAGGAAAAAGGAAGAGAAAGAAGAGAAAAAUAUACAAGGACCAGCAGGAAAUUUGGGGAUAACCAUCACAUAGAUCUUAGAGUUUGGGGUUGUUUCCUGGUGGUUUUUUUUAAGUAUUGGCAUUUUUUGACAUGGAAGUGAAUUUUUUUUUUCCAGGAAGUUAAGUCAAACCAAUCAGUGGUCAGGUUUAGAUAUUGGCACCUAGAAUGACCACUGAAAGUAUAGACACGCCUCUGAGAACACAGGGAGUUAAAAGCAAGAACUCCCAGGAGAACUCUCUUUUUUAGUUCCGGUCGUCAGAGAGUGCAGACUCCCCCCCUGCCCAGCCUUAGGCCGGGUGGGGGAGGGGAAGCCACGCAGCCUUGUCCAGGUAGGCCGAGGGGGCUAAAAGUCUGGAACCCAGCCAGCUCCUAUAGACAGAAAGGUAGAGAGAAGUAAAGAUGCCUUUGCCCCCCCCACAAGAGGGAAAGAGACAGAGAGCCUAGCGGCACCUAGAAAUCUGCCGGCAGAAGAGAAAGAGAAGAGGAGAGAAUGCCCAGCGUAAGAGGCAGAACGCCAGACUGAGAUAUCGGCCGUCCAGAGAGUCUAAACUUUUAACCCUUUCCAGAAAAUGAGGGCUUUUAAAAAGUAUUACUCCUCCUUAAUUUGUAAUAAAAGAAAGAUAGUCCGGGACCUGAAAUGUUAGAAGAAAAAAUAUUUAGGUGAGAGAAAAUGAUGAAGUAGCUUUUAGCUAGACUUUUCUUGUUAGCCAUGAACUGAACCAAAAUCUCCUACAAUAGAGACUGCAUUUUAGGGGGAUGCAGUAGUGACCCAGGGAGACCUGUUUCAGCUUCGAACAACACAAGAAUAGCAAGAAACGAAGAGAACUGAAGAGGGAAUAGUGAUACCCUCUGUCUUCAGGAAGAAGAUGAGUCCUGUUUUUAGACCCCUCAGCACCAAUGUCAAACCAUGACACAUUUAUAAAGAGUUCUCUGAUUUCAGUCCAAUUGCUACUUGUCUCUUUUCCAGUUUGACUGAAACUUUAAUUGCCUUUUCUGAUAAAUGCUAACUGACCUUUCAAAAUAGAAAAAAAUACAUGUAUAUUUCUUGAAAGGUGCCUUUGUGUUGAGAACACUCCAUGAGAGCAUUCUGUUCUUUGAUUCUUUUGUGGGUGCCAAUAUUUAACUGCUUUGGGAUUUCUUAUGAUCACUUAAAAAUUUCUAAUUCUGAAGGUGACUUUUGGCUUGAAUCUAUAGUUUUUGGUUGUAGCUCUUUUUAAAAGGACAUUGUCAGGGUUGCAGGCUCUAUGCUGAAGGUGCUAUCUCUCAGUCAGACCUAUACAGGGGGCACACCUUUGUGAAUCAAAGUCUUCUAGUAAAAGAUGGUUGAAAUGCCUGAUGGGUGAAGAGCUGUAUGCUUUAACUCUCUGUGAGAUGUGGACAAAAGAAACAAAAGCUAUUAAUUUCAUAGACCCUGUGGAAAGUAAUUUUUUAUAAUGCUGGCUCUUGCUCUAGUUAUCAGCAGUACAUUAGGAAUAGUGUUUAGCAGUCAGUGCAAGCAAAGAUAUUUUGCCACGAGGCACUACAAAGUUGAAGUUAUUAAAACAUUUAUAGCCUUAGGAAAAAAAAAUCAAUGAUUGUCAAAUAGGAAAGGACAAAAUCAGUAGUUGGUACUGGGAGGGGAAUUGUUUUCCAUCUGCUAAAACAGUAGAGGAAAUGCAAAAAUUAAACUAGCAAAAGCAAUGACGUGACAGUGUCCUUUUAAGUUUGAGCUUCUAUAUUGGGAGCUGCUUCUGGGGAGUUGGUCUAGUAUAGACUGUUUGUCCAGAGUGUUCCCAGUGGAUAUCCUUUAACUACACAUCAGGCUGAGUUUUCCAUGAGUAACAUGACUGCUGCUAAGGCUCCUACCCAUGCCUUCAGUUUGUGUCCUUCCCAAGUGGUUCGUGCAUACACACUUGCUGGCUGUUUGUGUAGUUAUUGCUUUUGUGCACCUUGCACAUCACAGACCUGUAAUAAUCACACCCUUUUUAUUUCUAGCCUUUCCAGUCUUGCUGUUGAAUCCCAUCUCGAGCACAUAUUUAUAUGUGUAUGUGAGGUCUUUAUCUAAUAAAUUAUC